CAGUCGGAGAGGAUAAACGCUGCUUUGUCUUUGACGUGUUUCACCUUCAAUAUUGAUUGAACGGCAGCCUGAUACCUGUCUACUGUGUAGAUACACUUGUACCCUCGUCCCCCGAGCAACGGGCGUCUCUCCCUUGCGUUCCUUUCACUCUGAUAUGGCGUUUUAGUCAAUAGAAACAUACCCACAAAUACCCCUUUCAAAUUACAUAUAUUGCAAGCUUCUGGUUUCUUUGAGUUGAAAAGUUACUUUCGUAAAUAUGCUGAAUGUUUUAGCUCGUGUGAAUGUGUGUCGUUUCUGUACACAGUAGUGGGGCACAGGUGUUACCUGCUUCAUCAUGAUGAUCGACGUGUACCGUGUCGUUUACUACUCGACUGUGGAAUAGUCCCGGUUAAUUUAACGCGUUUUAAUAUGUUAAGGCCCUGAAUUUCAUUGGAACAGAAGUCAGAGUUAAUCCGACGUUCACAGUUCAGUUCAUACUAACAUUUGAUUGAUGUGAAAAUGAAAGUGAACACCUCUUUCAUUUCUUUUCUGGAACAAGCGUUCGUUUUGAUCCUAUAUCUAUAUAAACAUGCCCCUUUGUAAAUUCAAAUGAAUUCCCCUUCAAUUUGACGUUACUUUUAGUGUAGCCCGUAAGGUCUUCAAACGGUACAGAGGAACUGAAACGCACUUAGUCAUGUUUUGAUACUCAACCAUAGCAACUGUGCUGUUAGUGUUGCUGACAAGUAGGUGUUUAGCUACGAGGUAGCUCAUCUCCAUGUGCACUGCUUUUUCGUCAGAGCACUUAAAUUGGACGUCCUGGGCUACCAGAGCCUGCUAGCAAACAAGAUGGAAACCUGCAGUGCAGAAAUGUCCAUUGCAGCACCUUUUAUUCUUGAAUUGUUUUGAGUGGAAUGAUUUCAGUUGGUGCUGUCACUGUGGAGGGCUGGUUUGCGCAGUUGCCUCACAGCACUCAUAACUUACGUUCAGUUCCAGACUGGAGCACCUUCUGUAGGGAGUCUGCAUGUUCUCCACUGUGUUUUGGAGGGAUUAGUCCAGGUGCUCCAGUGUCCUCCCCCCUCCUGAUGGCAGACUCGCUAGGUUAAUUAGUGGGGUGGGGGAUAAGCGUCUUGAGUUGACUUCAGGUUGUCACGACCCUCAUCGGGAAUUAGGUUUCCUCAUAAUGGACGGUGAAAAGUUCAGAUGAGUUGAGAGUCUGUGACUAUUGCCCCCUGUUUCCAAGCACUGUCCUACAGAACGUUGCCAGGAGAGGUACAGCAUUAGGAUUCUGGGGUCACCACUAGAUUUACACAAAGAUGAGGAUCCUGAGUUAGGAGCUUAGGGGUGUUUUUCCAUGAAAAGGAUAGUGAACAUCUUAUGUUUUGCAUCUGUUGUUUUCAAAUUAAAAGUUAUUUUGGUUUCCUGAAACAGAAACUCUCUUUUUUUUUAAGUCAACACAAAGAAAAAAGCUUUUCCAUAUCAAACCCAGCUUUGGUUGAAUUGUAUAUUUGCUGAUGCAAUAGACUGGCCAGAUUUCUGUCUUUAAAAAAAAAAAAUCCCUGUACUUAUUUAACAUAUGUUGCCAGCGAUGGAUAUUGUACCUGGCUGCAAACUGCUUCACACCUGUUAACGCUGAUUUCGCUAAUCUGGUAUUUGCUGCCACUUUAACAAAUUUGAAAGCCCUCAAUUUACAAACUAAUCCCCAAAGCCUGCAGUGUGCCAGAAGCCAGGCUGGAGUAAAGCUGUCUGAGGUGGACAGAGAUUAAAGACAGGCAAGGGAAGACAGUGGGUCUCACAGCUCCCCCGUCUCACUGCUGCCCCGCUGGGGCUGACCAGGCCUCUGUGAUCCUCAGGACAGGUCUCUGGGCCUUCAGAAAGCAGCAAUAGGUUGUUUGCUGGCCGUCGGAUGCACUGGAACCAGUGUUGGCCAGCCUUAGCCCUGGAGAGGGACUGUGUGUGAUCUGUUUGUGAUUUUCCAAACCUGUAAUAAAUGCAUGGACUCAAUUAUAGAUCUCUCCUGGCCAGCACUGACACGUUUCCAAGGUGCUGUGGGGGUGCUCUUGAAAGUGGCCAUGUAGUGGCUGUGCAGGAUCAGGGUCUGAGCAACCUUCUGCUGACUGUGUGGACACUUCGUUGCCGGUAGGGGAUUUGUAUUUGUGACCAGUGGAGCAGGAUUGUAAUCUGAAAACAUUUUCUGUCUUCAUCUCGGAUGUGGCCUGUGCCCCAGCUCCUGUGGGUGUGCUCGUAUGACGGAGGAAUUGCACAUGCAAACAAGAUUUAGCAAAACACAGUUAUCUUCUUAGUGUCUUAAAGCCAUUUAUGCAGCAUUUUAACCUUGAUUAGCAUACAAGAGGUGUUACGGAGACGCUCUGAAGGAAACUUUGCCGAAAGUGGAGAUGCAUGUGACAGAAAAGUGAAGAUUAUGGUAAUAGAUAUUUUAUUGUGGGGGAUAGUGUUGUGAAAAUGACAAUGAAGUGACAGGGGCAGCACUCGGAGCCUGUUGUGAAUUAAUACACUCAUUAUUCAGAAGACAUGUCGCACUUGUGAAGAGUCAGCGGAUUCUCCCGCCGUCAGAAUUAGAAUUGGAAAUGUGAUCAUGUGUAGGGAAAGUGAUUAGGGACAGCAGUGCAGUGGGAGCCCCAGAAGCCUAAUCCCUCUGACAGUUCACCCAGGGGUGCUGCAGAGCUCUUAACAUAUCCAGUGCAUGUGCCCCCCUAUCACCACACUACAUUAAAGCACCUGAUAUUUUUACUUCAUUAUAAAGCUUUUGAUUUUAAACCACUGAUUGUACAAAGUCGAGGUGACCCAUAAAUUAAGGCCAUUUUCAUUAAUUCGCAGUGGAUGGCGUGGUAGUUAGCCCUGUGGCUUCAGCUUUUGGGUUAAUUAAUUUAAUUAAUUGAUGGCACUCGAACCCGGGUUCGGGUCGAAGCUAGUUGUUGAUUCAUCCUGCACCAGCCUCCCGUAUCUGUAUGACUUUGCUCACAGUGGAUCAUUUCUAAUGACUUAUUUUGUCAUGAUGAAUUGGAGCCGUGCACGGACUUUUCCGGGUUUCAUCUGGAGAGGAGAAGUGGGGACUUCCAAACCCCCGAGCAUCAGUGCAUCUAAAGACAGAAUUCCAGGCUGGAUAUAGACCGACAGCACUGCGGCCCUGUUACAGUCUGCACAUGAGACCUGAUUUCAGAUAGAAAGAUGCCAAGGAAAGGAUUGGGUGAGAAAUCGAUUAAAGAGAGAGUGACUGAAGAGCUGUCGAUGCCCUGUCGUGAUGUUUUGAGCAGGCACGUCUGCAAGGAGAGCUGAUCACUGCUGCCUGUGAGCUGGGGGUGGCCCACCCUCCCGGGUACCCCGUGUUCACCCUGCUGUCUCGCCUGGCCCUGGACCUGCUGCCCCUGGGCUCCCCAGCCUACAGCGUGAACGUGCUGGCCGGCCUGCUGGGCGCGAUGGCAGCCGGAGCCUUGUGCUUCAGUGUCUGCAGACUCCAUGACGCGGGGCCCGGCGCAGUGUUGGCCGGGGGCGCCUUUGCUCUGUCCAGGCUGGCCUGGCAGUGGGCGAUGGUGGCCGAGGUCUUCUCGCUCAACAACCUCUUCGUCGGCCUGCUCUUCUCCCUGGCCGCCUGCUUCCGCUCAGCCGAGACCUGUGGCCAGAGGAGGAAGUAUGGCCAGCUGGGGGCGCUGUGCUGUGGCCUGGGCCUGUGUAACCAGCACACCUUUGUCCUGUAUGUUGUGGUCAUUGUGCCCUGGGUCCUCCAUCGGCUUCACACACACCAGGAACUGUCAGUGCGCACUGUGGUGCUGCUGGGGACUUGCUUCCUGGUCGGCUUCCUGCCUUACCUCUACCUGCCCUUGUCCUCAACCCUGAAUAGAGCACGCUGGAGCUGGGGAGACCAGACCACACUGUCUGGCCUGGUCACUCACCUGCUGAGGGCGGAGUAUGGCACCUUCAGUCUGGCCAAGACAGAGAGUCGAGUGGGAAUGGCUCGGAUGUUAGAGGCUCAACUGGAUCACUGUGUGAAAGACCUCUCUCCUCCAGUCCUGGUUCUGGCUGGGUUGGGCUUGAUUCUGCUCUCCUGGGACAGGGGGCGCCGUGCCAUUACCUGGCUCCUGGCUGCCAUGCUGUGCCUGUACUCCCUGUUCUUUGCCUGGAGAGCCAACCUGGACAUCAACAGGCCUCUGUUCCUUGGAGUGGUGGAGCGCUUCUGGAUGCAGAGUGAUGCAGUGCUGUGUGUGCUGGCGGGGCUGGGCCUCUCGGCAGCCUGCACGGGACUGGGGCAGCGGCAGGGCGGCGGGCCGCUGUGGAGGGCUGCAGGCUGGGCUGUCACUGCAGGGCUGCUGGCACACCUGGCACAGAGCAACUACAGGCUGUGCGAUCAGAGGGACAACACAGUGGUGGACCGGUUUGCCCGCAACGUGCUGAGGUCCAUCCCCAGCGGCUCCAUCGUGCUGACCCGCGGGGACCUGCCCGGGAACAGCCUGCGCUACCUGCACUUCUGCCACGGGCUGCGGCCGGACCUGCGCCUCGUCGAGCAGGAGAUGAUGACGUAUGGCUGGUACGUGGCUAAACUAGGCCGGCACCUCCCAGGGGUGCACUUUCCUGGGCUGUGGUGGGACCCCGUCCUGUCAGAGCGAGGCGAGACCUUCAGUCUGGAGCAGUUCCUGUCCCACAAUUCGCAGAGGCCUGUGUUCGCCUGCAUUGGGCUGCCAGAGGGGGACCCCAGCUGGGAGAGGGCGUUUUCUCGUUGGCCCUGGGGGGUGUGUGACCAGCUGGUGCCCUCCAGCACCCCCUUCCACCCUGAGGAGUGGGCUAGACGGACCCGGAACCUGUACAACUGGACAGAGCCGUACAAGAGCUUUCCCCGAGAGUCCUGGGAGAAGGUGGCCAACGAGGAGAUGUGGCAAGCCAGGAUGAAGACAGCCUUCUUCCUGUUCGACCUGGCGGAGCGACAGAGCAGUGCAGGAGGUGGAAAAACGCACCUCUAUGAGCUCUCCUACUCUCUGUACCGCGAGAUAGUGGAGACCCACAGGGACUACCCUUCCAACUGGGACAAGAACCUGGCCCUGGCCAGCGAGAGGCUGCUGCGAGCGGGAGGCGGGGGCCACAGCCCGGAGAGUCUGCUGAACCAGAGCAUAGCUCACUUCUCCCUCUAUCUCGACAAGGAGGGGGGAGACCCCCAGGCCAGUGCCAUCCGAGAGGCCAUCGCGCACCUGGAGAGAGAGAGAAGGCGACUGAGAGAACUCUACACCACCUGAGGGAGGGGAGGGGCUUGGGGCAGGGGCGUGGUCUGGGGAGGGGAGGGGCCAAGAGAGAGGGGAGGGGCUUAACUAACCUGGCUCUCUGAAGCAGCAGGCUGUUUAUAAAAUUGGACAAUAGAAUAAGGUGGCAAAUUGAAGGGAGUCAAUGGAGAAAGAAGCUGAGAGGGAGAAGCUUUCACGAAAAAUGUGAGGAGCCUUUGGAACUGUGACCUCAGACAGGUCACAUGGGAGAAAGAGAGUGAGUCUCCCACCUUGACCAAAGAGGGAGGUCUGUGCUGAUUUAAAUACCUUAUUUUCUUUCCAUUUAGGCAUUGUGUGUGACAUAUAUAUGGACUUUAAUAAGGAGGAAAUUGAGAUUGAUAGGAAUGCUGUAAUAAAUGGAAUAAUGAGGAGUGGGAAAGGGCAAGCAAAGUGCAUGGUGGGAAUUCAGGAAGUGGAGAAAAUUGGGAGGGUAGGGUCCAAUCAACUCGUUUCUGAGUGCAGCUGUCAUCAAAAGACUUAGGUGUUGCAAAGCAGCACGUGGUUUUAUUAAAAUAACAACGGCAAGUGAAUGAUGUCAACCAUUUGUUCUUUAUAAAUCUCUCUUCGAAGAUAUUUAUAAUAUGUAUAAUAUUGAAAUAAAUGAGGGAGAGAAGAGUGAGUAACAGGCACUCCUGUGUUCGUCGUCAGUGCUUACAAGCACACAGCAGGCUCAUAUGAGCAUGGGCUCUGUCAGGCCUGUUUUCGCUUUUGAGAUAAUAAUUACAAGGUUCUUCCUUCCUGCUGUUCAUUUUUCCCUUUCACACGUUGCAAAUGCCUGCUUCAUUUCCCAUAACCCAGAGAUCCAGGGAGGCCCAAUUUGAGCACAGAAGGGAUUAAUUUCAACUGUUAAUCUGGGACAGACAUGGGAGCUUGCACUUAAAACAGCUCCAUCUCACCACUCCCCAUCCUUUUAAACAUUAAAAACUAAUGGAUUUUUGACUCCCUCUCUAAUCCCUUCUGCCAGGAUUUAAAAAAGAAAUAAAAAAAUGUCAGAGCCAGAGACCAUUUUAGAGGCACCCUCUCUGGAUUCCAUUUCCACGGGAAACAGACACCAGGGCAGAACAGCUACCCUCUCACUCCCAGAGUUCAUGUCCCAGGCCAGCAGACAGAGCAAACCUUCCUGCAGUGCGGAAAGCAGGGUGUAGUUCCACUACAAGAGCAGAGAGAGACAGGUGAGGAGGGGGGCAGGGACUCACUGUACUUUACAUCCUGGGAUGCUUUUGCAAAGUGUGGCAAAGAACCUAGGUCAAUUGCUUGCAAUUUGCUCCCUGCAGAGCUGGGAAAGAAAUACCUCCACCAUGAACGGAGGCUUGUAUGCCCUUUUUUUCCCACCUGUUCUUGCUGUCCCUAGACGCUCAGAUUUCACAGAUCCCAACCUCCAAGUGGGAGCUCACGUUGUCUUUUAACAGGCCUCUUGAGUGGCCUCUGUCAAUACACAACGAGAGUGCACACCUGUGCACCACCGGACUUGGUUGCCAUGAAGAUGCAGCCCUGAGAUUAAUGAGGGAAGCGCCCUGGGGAUCCCCAAGGCCUGGUUCUGUCCCCAGACGCUCUGUCUAUAGCUCCUCAGCCCCCAGCGCCCAUCAGGCUUAGUUUCCUGAGACAGACACAGCGGCUGUUGAGAAAUAACUAGCCAGGUGAUGUGUGCAAUGGGGAAGUCAGAGAGGGCGGGCUUGCCCAGCGUGUCAGUGCAGUGGGGGUCCUGCUGGUGAGGUGGGGGGGGGGUGGUCUCGGGCUGCCCCUAGCCUCUGCCGUCAUCACGUCUCUGAGCAGCAGCGGACUGGGGGAGGCUGGUAUCACCUGAGCAGCGUGUCGCCUGUGCUCUCUCAGACUCUGGAAUGUCCAUGAACAAACUUGGCCUUGUUUGACAGAGCUCUCUGUCGGCUACUUCUUCCUUCUUCCUUACUCUUGCCUUGGAGACGUGAUGACAGCAUCAGGCUCUCUCUCUCUCCCUGGGGGAGCUGGACUGAGAUACGAGCUGCUGGCGAAUAAGGGGAAAGGGCUGUGUUGUUACAGCUCUGGCACAGAACAUGGGCCAAGUGGCGUUUCCCAUUUUAUCUCAGUCCUCUGUCCCAUGGCCCGGUCGCUUCUUAUCACACCUGAGCAUUUUAAAAUAAAUCCAAGGUAGAAGCUUCUUGAUGCACUGUGUGUUUUCCCAUAUGAAAGCAGUCCACCCCCCCAUGAUUGCAAGACUGCAGGGUUUUCCAACGUGAUUGCAAUAUUGCUGUUGCUCUGCCACCUCUGAUGUGUGUGAAGGACCUGGGUAGUUAAGGCACCUGACUGGCCGGUUGGCGAGAAGGCAGCGGUGUUGGGGGUCUUUGGAGGAAGAGGAGAAAAACAGAGGCAGUCUCUCGGGUCGCUAGAGCUUGUGCUCGCAGCCGGAGCAUUGAAAAUCAGAGGUAAACAGAAAUGACAGUCUGUGUCCGUGCAGGAGGACAUUAGUGCUGAGAGGUCAGCUAAGUUGAUGAAUUAGUUUGAGGUUUUAUGGUUUUUACCAGCUGUAACAGAGUGCCGAAGGUGUACUUGCCAUUGAUGAGUGGUACGAUGCAUGUGGGCAGAUUCUCUCAUGGCCUUGCCCUGUCCAGCGAUUGACAGUGUUUUUAUUGUGGUUUUAUAAUAAGGCUUUUGACAUCUC